AUGAAACCUGAUUGGUUCAUUUUCUCCAAGCUUGAUCAUAAUGGAGGAUACCUGCAUAAGUUUCCAAUUGGCUCUCCAAUGUCGCAUGACAUCGGGUUAGGAUUGAUAUCACAAGUCGGGGCUUUAGUCGAGAGUUCCUUUCAGCAUCCGCGGCAUGUAUGCUCUACAGGAAGUGGCGCAGUUCAGGAAGCAUUCAGCUGCUUCAACAAGGUCGCUGGAGCUUUCUAUUUCUGCCUUUCCAGAGCAACAAAUCCCAAUAUUUUACACAGGUUGUCUGCUAUUGCGGGCUCUGGUUCAAGAGCCUGUCGGGCACAAAUAAAGCAAGUGACCUCUUGCAUGCAGCAUCUGGCUGGAUUGCAAGCUAGAGAAGAGCAUGCUAUACAAAUGCUCUUAGCCAAGCUUGCAAACGCAACGCUUGGGCGAGCGUGGAAUGAGGUUGAGGAGCGUCAUGCCUGUAACAUUCUUAUGCUAGCCGCUGCUAGUGUAAUACCACCAUUUGAAAACAUAUCGCCAAAGAUGCUUGCGGAUUCAAUGAUGUUGGGAAAAGAUGGUGUUGACCAAAUCGGAGAACAUGUUGAUCAGCCUUAUUUGGACGAAAGGCGCCCAGGUUGUGCUCGUGUUGCUGUGCCAAGAACAAUAUAUCCGGAAGAUCUGACAGAACCAAGAACUGGGAUCAAGUUCCCUACUCUUCUUGAGGAGAAUUCAAAUCCAGCCGCAGAGGUGCUUGUCGGGAUGGGUUACAGAAGUAUGCGGAUAAUGAAGGUCAAAAACCUGAAUCUUUAUGCCUUUGGAUUAUAUAUACAACCAGAUUCUAUCUGCAACAAGCUGGGUUCAAAGUAUGCUUCUGUUCCAGUUGCCGAGUUAAAGGAUCACCCAGAUUUCUAUGAAGAUCUUCUGAGGGAAAAUAUUCAUAUGACAGUCAGAUUGGUAGUUAGCUACAAAGCAUUAGUGCAGUGCAAGAGUAAUGCGUUUGAGAAAUCUCUUGGCUUUCGACUGCAAAAGAUGAAUCCUAAUACUGAUUACCAUUGCCUGAAGACAUUUGGCUCUUACUUCAGGGAAGACAUUCGAAUACCUGUGGGUACAAAGAUUGACUUCCGUCAAACAUGUGAUGGCCAGCUUAUAACUGAAGUUGAUGGCAAACAAAUUGGCGCUGUCCAGAGCAAAGAUCUUUGCAGGGCUUUCUUCGAUAUGUAUAUUGGUGACCCACCUGUUUCAGUGGAGACCAAACAAGACAUCGCCCAGAAUGUGGGUGGGCUCAUUAGAAGAUGCUAG